UUGCGAACCAUAACACCAAAAAGAUUUCCGAGGGGCAAACAACUUGUCCUACAGUCGGCUCACAGUUUCUUCCCUUUGCAACGAUUCAAUGAUUUUUCUCUGAAUGUUUUGCGUUCUAACAGGAUCUAGCUCCAGUCUCUGGUCAUGGAAGGACACUCACAAACGACUAUUAUAGAGACAUUUGAUAACUAAGUCACUAUUUGGGAUAUCUCGGUGCUACUUUGAAGCGGGUCACAAUGCCCGGGGAUAACGGCUCACUAAGAAGAAGACAUGAAAAUGGUGAUCCUAGCACCAAUGGUAAUAUUGGAGAGCUGGAAGCACCCUCGUUACAACUGGACCACGCCCAUGACCAGACACGUGAUCCCAGCUACGCCACUGAGCAGGGUACGACAGAACCUGAACACAGCGAAAACUUUGACGUUGACUAUGGCGCCCCAAAAGGUCCUUUGAAGCAACAGAUUGUCAAGUUCUGUCGGAAAACGUUCACAGUACAAAAUUUUUUGAACAAAUUUCCAAUUAUCAAGUGGCUGCCAAAGUACAGGUGUCAAGAUUUCCAAGGAGAUAUUAUUGCUGGACUAACUGUUGGAUUGACUGUCAUACCUCAAGGGCUGGCAUAUGCUCAGGUCGCUAAUUUACCUGCCCAGUAUGGCCUCUACUCAGCCUUUGUCGGCUGUUUUGUGUACUGUAUCCUGGGAUCAGCUAAAGACAUAACAAUGGGACCCACGGCUAUUUUGUCACUGAUGACCGCCUCCUUUGGAACCGCGAAUGCUCCAGUAUUACCAUCUGGCGAGAGAGACCCGACUAUGACCACAGUACUGACCCUACUCUCAGGAAUCAUAGAACUGGUCAUGGGCUUCUUUAAACUCGGUAUUCUGGUCAACUUCAUCUCCUACCCAGUCAUCUACGCCUUUACAUCAGCUGCAGCCAUAACAAUAGCAGCUGGACAGGUCAAGACUCUACUAGGACUGAAGAAUGUGCCAUCAGACUUUCUGCCCAUGGUUUAUGAGACAUGUAGGAAGCUGCCUGAAACCAAAAUUUGGGACAUGACAAUGGGGCUCUCCAGUUUGCUGGUUCUCAUCUUGUUGAAGAAACUCCGAGGGUUUAAGUUUAAAAGCGAUGAACACAAUCCUUUGGUCACUUGGAAAAGAGUGGUUACCAAGGCAUUGUGGCUCAUUAGUAUAUCUGCCAAUGUCCUCGUGGUCAUAGCAACGUCGGGCGUGGUCGCCAUCUUAGAAUAUCACGGUCUGAAGAACAAAAUAUCAGUGACCGGAACUAUUAAGGCCGGAAUGCCAGAUUUUACCCCGCCAAAAUUUGCAAUUAACAAAGGCAACAUAACAAUGUCCAGCACAGAGCUUCUUACUAAUCUAGGCGCUGGACUGGGCAUUGUUCCCUUAUUGUCUAUCAUUGAAACUAUGGCCAUAGGGAAAGCAUUUGCUCGUAUCAACAAUUAUAAACUUGACCCUACACAAGAACUGAUUGCCAUUGGUUCUGCUAACAUUCUCAGCUCGUUUGUCUCCUCCUACCCAAUCACAGGGAGCUUCUCAAGGACAGCGGUCAACUCCCAGUGCGGUGUACGCACACCUUUGGGUGGGAUCUGGACAGGGGGCCUUGUCAUUCUGGCACUGUGUGUCCUGACACCCUGGUUCUACUAUAUACCCAAGUCCGCAUUGGCCGCUGUGAUUAUAUCUGCAGUGAUACAGAUGGUGGAAUACCACGUAGUCAUCCAGCUAUGGAAAGCAAAUAAACUUGAUCUCAUCCCUUUCUUUAUAACGUUCGUCUGCUCACUGAUAGUGGGAAUAGAGUAUGGUAUUUUGAUUGGAAUUGGCUUCUCCAUCUUGAUGUUGUUAUACCCAACAGCUCGGCCCAGGAUAACGUAUUUGACCCUAUCAAGUUUUCUUGUGGUGACUCCAAUGCAAGGUCUGUAUUUCCCAGCCUGUGAGUACCUAGAAAUACAAGCCAUGGAGAGAGCUUUAGAAGAGGACAAAAUUCAGUACAUUGUUUUGGACCUACAACAUAUCGCAGACGUGGACUAUACAGGGAUGAACUCGCUACGAACUCUGGCCAACGACUGUCAGAGGAAGAAAAUGAAACUAAUUCUUGCCAACGGAAGGCCUCACGUCAACAAGCAAGUGAAACACGCGGAGAUCAAAAACAUUGUGCUAGUCAGGACUGUGAAAACAGCGCUGGCACACUUUGGUCACCGAGGUACACAGGAGAACAGUACAAGUGUCACUGUCACUAGUGAUAUCACUAGACUUUGACGUCAAGACAGUUUAACGCUGUUUAGAUCCACACGUCGUCCCGAGUUCUUGUCUACUGGCUUGUCACUAGCGUCAUGUCAUAAAUAAGAUUAUUGCAUUGAACUCUGACACAGUUAACUUAGUAGGUGAACCUGGCACUUAGUACUAUCGGUUGUUACCGUUAAUGUUACAUGUUUCAUGUACACUUUGUAAAUAGUUAUGCACUCUAACAAAUGAGUUGUUAUAGUUCACACGUCUCUCACUAACUACACAUGUCAACAAUACAAACUAUACAAAUCCUUUUUAAAACUACAAAGCUUAUCUAAGGGGAAGAACUACACACGUACAUGUAUAUAUUGAUGUAGAAGUUAUUUCCUUAUUCGAUAUGAAUCCAAAUAACUAAUUGCAAAUAAUUAAUUGACUAAUUUGUAAAUUAAAAAAAAAUUAUUCCUGUUUUGUUAUGUACAAUUAAUAAAUGUUUCAAGUUUCAACUAAUCCGAGAAUGGUUGUAGGAGAAAUGAAAAUAGCGUGUUCAAUUAUCUAAGGGGACGAAACCCUACAUAUUUAGCCGUAUCUGUGAAUACUGAAGGAAUUAUUUUUCUUGUUGUAUCAAAUACAGUAAUUAAUUAACAGUAAUUAAUUGACUAAUAGGUUACCUUUUGUAUUGAUUCAAAUCUUGUCUAUGCCAAUGAAUAAUUAUAUUAUUCGAGAACGAGUGUGGGAGAAAUAACGUGUACAAACUUUUUACCAGACAGACAGACGGACAGACAGACGGACAGAGAGAGUUGAUAUAAGCUUUGUAACAUUGAACCAUAAAAACACAUUUCGUUUUGUUUUGUUGUUCUUAUUUGUGUUUCAUUGACAGAUUGUAUACUCAGAUAUUCAUCAAAACAGUGUACCACGAAUGUCUGUAUAUCUAUAUAUCUAGUAGGCUACAUAGCACUAUAGAUCAUAACUAAGAUUAAUAUUGUAAAUAAAUACUCACGACUCGAUGUAUAUAAUACAGUAUUAGGAGCACAGACAGGUCAACCAAGGCUGACUUUGUUUUCAUUAGUAUGAUGGCUGCUUCUUUGUUGAUGUUUCAACACUGAAGGAAAAUGUUACUAGUUGUGAAAUUAAUUAACCAGCCUAAAUGUGUGUUUUUAAUAUCUGAACGUCACAUCAAGUCUUGCGGCAUUGUUUGUUAUGGACAGAAAACGAGGUUGUUUGAAGGGUUUUGUUGUUCUAAAUAACGAAACGAAUUGAAGCUUGAAGAAAGACAUAGAAUGAGCCUUACUUGAUGUGUAUAACUUCACUGUCUUCCUUUAUUCAUGUUUCUCAUUCUUAGAUCUGAGAUCCUUUCAUUUUAUACUUUGUGAACGCUUCAAAUAACAAACAAAAAAACUGAGUAAAGAGUUUUAAGUCGAAAUUAAAUAGUGAUUUUGAAAACCUCAAAAGUAUUUUUUAUCACUUCCUGAUUUUGUUUAAAAUUUUGUCAAUUUUAAAUCUUGUUAUGCCAUGUGGAUUUGUUAAAUAACUUAAAAUAUGGCCUUUAAGUAGGUAGAGAUAAUAUAUCUUACACCAACAAGGUAGAAUUUAUUAAAAUAGGUUAUCUGUACUAGAGUCUCUCUUAGGGCUAUUUAGUACACAAUUCAACCCACAGACUCAAUAAAUAAAGUACGCGUAAGACUGUCCUACUGUAUGGUUCUGAAACAUGGAGAACAACUGAAGCCACAACAAAAAAAAUACAGACCUUUAUCAACAGAUGCCUGAGAAAUAUCCAAAAAAUACAUUGGUACGACAAAGUAGAAAACACCAAACUGUGGGAGAUGAGUGGACAGAGAAAUAUUGAGGGCAGAUCUUAGAGAGGAAGUGGAGAUGGAUUGUUUACACCCUUAGAAAAGAUACCAACAACAGAGCUAGACAGGCCUUAGAGUGGAACCCCCAGGGCACAAGACGCAGAGGAAGACUAAAAAGAACUUGACAACGCAGUAUACUAGAUGAAGCCGAGAGGACCGGAAAGAGCUGGGAAGCCAUUAAAAAACUUUCAACAGACCAUGGAGAGUGGCGUGUUUUUAUCGAGGCCCUAUGUUCCAUGAGGAACCCAAAGGAAUGAUGAUGAUGAUGAUGAAGACUAUGGUGCCCUAACAGAAGCUAGUUGUCUAUCAAAACUGACACCUUAGAAUAGUUUCACUUCGUUUUUAUCAGGUUUAAUUUUAUGGAGCUCUAAACCUGCUGCAUCUACAUCAGACAAGAUUUUGUGACUAAAGCCAGACAACUUUGUUAUAUAUUAAUUUACUUAUUUAUAUGUUUUGUUGACUAUAUUACUGUACACAUUACACAUUUAAAGAAUUUU